UUGCCCUACGAAGCUCCUCUUUUUUCUCUCUCUAGAAGCUCUUUCACAUUAUCAGCUCCAAACAGUUGUCUGCUAUCUCGUUUCGAUUUUGAUCGACUCAUCGAAGAUCAAUCGUGAACUCUUGGUUCACGAAUCAAGCAAUCGAGAUAGUUUAUCCGGAUUUCUGUUUGAAGUUUGAACAUCGACGAACAUAAAGAUGCCUAAAGAAAGAAGAGACCGAUCCGUCUCCAUCGACAGGUCUUGGACAUCUCCAUACGUCUGCAACACCAGUCACUCAAAACGAUCACUUUCCAAAAACCCAUUAGAAUCCGAAAACAUAAAAGAAUGGGAAGAAGCUCGAUGCCCAGUAUGUAUGGAACACCCACACAACGCCAUCCUUCUCCUCUGUUCUUCCCAUGAAAAAGGUUGUCGCCCAUUCAUGUGUGACACAAGCUAUCGCCAUUCCAAUUGCUUUGAUCAAUUCCAGAAAGCAUCUUCUGAAUCAUUAGAAACACCACCAACACCAACACCAACAUCAACACCAACACCAACACCAACACCAACACCUGUCACAACACUAACCUGCCCGCUAUGUCGCGGGCAGGUGACCGGAUGGAUAGUGGUGGAAGCUGCCCGAGGAUUCAUGAAUGGAAAAACUAGAAGCUGUGCUAGUGAAACAUGUGAGUUUUCAGGGACAUAUGCUGACCUGAGAAAGCACGCGAGGCUGGAUCACCCGUUAGUGAGACCAUCAGAAGCUGAUCCAGACAGGCAAAGGGAUUGGAGGAGGUUAGAAAGACAAAGAGACAUGGGAGAUUUGUUGAGCACUCUUCAAUCUUCAAUAGCUGAUGAAAAUGGUGAAAAUCUUGAAAAUGGUGUAACAGGAAAUGGUGGUGCUACUACUGCUUUAUCUUUUGAUGAAGGUGGUUGGUUAACCGUGUUUUUCUUGAUUAGGGUUUUUAGACCGCGAAGCGGCUCAAGGAGUAGUAGUAGUUGGUCCGGGACCUCGCGGGCCCGGGCCCAUGUCACCAUUAGGAGGAGACCGAGUACACGUUUAUGGGGGGAGAGUCAUAAUGAAGGAGUUGUAGAUGAUGGUGGUAAUGAUAAUGAUAAUGAUAAUGAUAAUGAUGAUGAUGGUGAUGAUGAUGAUGAUGAUGAUAAUGAGUCAUCGGAUGGGGGGUCGGGCCCACAGAUUCAUAAUAAUAAUAUCAAUAAUAAUAAUGAUGAUGAGUCUUGAUUUUCAGACAAGUGUCAUUGUGAAGAGAGAGAAGAAUCUUUGGCUUGUUCUUCUUUUAUAUGGACAUGGAGUUUGGAGAUAUGUAAGAGAAAAGAGAGAGAGAGAAGGGAGGAAGAAAUUUGAAACUGUAAUUUUAACUUGAAACUUAUAUGAUUUGUUUAUACAUCUUCAAUCAUUGAGAUUUAUCGAGUACUUCUAUUCGUCGUUUGUUUA